AUGGCUGUUUUAUUAGAGAAUUCAUUAAAUUGUAUAUGGCAUGCAUUUUAUGCAUUAUAUACAAAUAAUAAUACAACAAUGAAUACAACAAUUGAUUGUAAUACAACAACAAUACAACAACAAGUUGUACCUAAAUCUAAAUUAAAAGUAUUAACAGCAAAUAUAGGAAUUUUAUUGGAUUUGUACGGAGUGGAACGUGGCUUGGAUCAUUUCAGAAGUACAUCAACCUUAAGUUUCCAACAUUACGUCUAUUACUUGAAGUGUGAAGUGUUUGGAGCGUUACCAAACACGUUGACAGCAUCAGAACUACGUCAAUAUGAAACACGUAUUGCUGAAGUGUGUUGGUUGGUGUGUCGUAAACCAUAUUUGUGCAGACAAAAUCCAAUUUUCACAUCAGAAUCGGUUUAUCAAAUAUUUCGUAUAUUUUGUGUAUUCGGUGAAACCGAUCAACAUAAAUAUGGUAAUGAAGUUCGUUUACAUCCGGAUGAAGCUGAAUGGUUGGCAAGAACAUUAGCAACAUCAUUAGGUAAUUCAUUUGAUGAAGAUGAUUGGCGACAUUUGACUGAAUCUGCUGGUAGCAUGAAACUAAACAUAUUCAUUGCAUUGAUUGAGGCACGAUGUCUUGGAGCUGGUGAUAGUUCAAGCUCAACAACAGUGACAGAUAUUGUACCGAUCACAGAAGCGGUCAAUGACAUGUAUCGUACUUUUAUUCAAGAUGUCAUCAAAAAAGGAUAUCUGUUUAAACGUGGCUAUCUGUUGCCCACAUUCCGUGAAUACUGGUUCGUUCUGCAACCGUCCGAGCUGGUUUAUUAUAAAACACGAAGCGAGAAAGAUCGAAGUGGUGUGCUGGUGUUGGACACAGCAAGUCGUGUAGAAGUGAUCAGCACCGAACAUGGUCACAAGUUUAUGUUGUCAACAAGUAUGGGUCAAUUUGAAUUGUCUGCAUCGGAUCACAUGUCCAGACAACAAUGGGUGUCAGCAAUACGUUUAGCGGUUCAAUAUUCUGGCACUAGUGUUGGCUAUCAACGAGCGCUAGCAUAUAAACGACGUCAGCAAAGAGUUACUAAAGCUGCCUCUGAUCUCAAUCGUCAACAACAAUUAAUUGAAGAACGUGCUGCAAGACAAGCGGCUGAAGGACGAGCUGGUAUUUUAGAAGCAGCCGCUAAAGAUGAAGCAAAACGUGCUGCUGAAUUAGAAUGUGUACGAACAACUUUAGAACGUUUAUUAGAAGAGGAAACACAAGCUAGACGUGAUGAAGAGACGGUACGUGCGCUACAAGCACGUGUACUGUCCGAGGAAUGGGAACGUAGAGAUGAAUUAGAACGUUUACAGAAUGAACAACGUGCAUUGUUAGAAUUGGAACGCACGAAGCGUGAACAAUUAGAAUCGAAACAACGUGAAGCUGAGGAACGUUUAAAACUGUUGGACGAAGAACGUCAACAAUUGGAUAGACAAUUACGUGCUGCCCAUUCUAGAAUACAACGUUCAGAGGAGUCACGUGAAGUUUUAGAAGCUAGAUUAAAAGCAGCAGCUGCACCUCAUGCAAGAGACGUAGAUGAUCGUAUUGGUGUUCGACGUGCACAAUCAUUUAUGCCAUCAACAGGUAGAGAACGUCCUGUACUACUUGAAGUGAGAUCAGCUACGUUACGUAGAUCAUCAAAUCAACAUUAAUGUUAAUGUCAUCACUUUUAUUUAAUUCAUUCAACAAACUUAAUUUAAUCAACUUGCCUUGU